CGUCGUCGGCCACGGCUGGAUCCAUGUAAAUGGCGACCAUGCAGUGAUAUGGAGGACGUCUCAUCAGCGCCGAAUCACACCGGUCAGUUGGGGCCGCCGGGGGGCCCCAUGGGCAUGAACGCCAAGAUGAACCAAGAAGAACCGGCACAGAGGCCCCAGUACUCCAUACCCGGGAUAUUACACUUCAUACAGCACGAGUGGGCCCGCUUCGAAAUGGAGAGGGCCCAGUGGGACGUCGAAAGGGCCGAGUUCCAAGCGAGGAUAGCGUUUCUACAGGGUGAGCGCAAGGGGCAGGAGAACCUCAAGAACGACCUCAUCAGGCGGAUAAAGAUGCUUGAGUUUGCGCUCAAGCAGGAAAGGAUCAAGUCUCACAAGCUCAAGUACGACACGGAUCCAAACCCUGCCGAGUUGAAGGCACCAGUCUUCGACGAUGUCAACAAAGAAGAGCCCAUGGAUGGUGAGCUAUUCAUCACGAGCAACAGCAACGUGUCGUGGAGGCAAGGGCGCCAGCUCUUAAGACAGUACCUGCAGGAGAUCGGCUACACGGACACCAUCCUGGACGUGCGGUCGGCGCGGGUUCGGACACUGCUAGGGCUGGGACCUGCGGCCAACGCCGGCUCUGGGAAUGCGCCCGACGACAAGGCUGCCCACCCGGCCGUCAAUGGCGGCAGUGCUGGGGGAACGGCACCCGGGGAGCCCGUCAAGCGUUCCUCGGACACGCAAAGGAGGGUACCAGGCAAGAAGAUGGUCAACGUGGCAGAGAAUGCGCUACUUGACACGGAAGCUUCAGUCUUGGCAACGUUUGACUUCCUGGCCACAGAAACCGUGGACAUGGAGGACGACGAAGACAAUUUUAGUGACGAAAUGGAAGAUGCAGUGUCUGCAGACGACGAGGCGGAGGAGCGGAUGGACAACAGGCGAAUAAAAUCAAAGGUUCUAGGAUCUGGGGACGAGCUAGGGGAAGCCGACACGGAAAACGUGCUAACGGAGUUUGACUUCCUGGGGCCAGACUCUGGCGAAGGCGGUCGGGAAGGCGGCCGCAAUCAGGGCGACGGUUCCGAGUGGGACGGUUGUGCUGUGGACGAAGAGGAGGAGGAGGAAGAUGAGGAAGAGAUGGCGCAGCGGUGGGGUGCUGACCCGCAGCUCAUUAACCAGCUGGUCGAGGAGUACCGACGAGAGCGCCGAGGGCGCAAGGGUGUCGCUGCCUCUGUCUCGUCGCAGAGACCCAAGCGGUCUGCCUUGCAAGCGAUGCUGGCUUCGCUGUCAACGCCUGGCUCUGCCGCCGCCAUGGCCGCCGCUUCUGCCGAGGAGGGCGGGCCGGGGGGCAACCCUGCCUUUUCCUUCGCGACCAGCUCGCCACCUCGCAUCCCGGCCUUUUCGUCCCCCUCGGCCCCGCCCCCUGCGGUCCCGUCGUCCUCGUCCCCAUCCCCGACGUCGGCCUCGCAGAACCCUUCCACCUCCCCUUCGUCCGCGACCUUUGGUAUGGCGUCGUCGGGUGAUGUUGUCCUCAACGGCCAGUUGGGUCGGCAGCCCAUCGCUUCGCGCCUUGCCAGUUACACCGCCUUUUUGGAAGAGGCUGACGAUGUGGGGCCUCGGAGGCCACUAAUGGGGACCCCAGGUGUGGACGAGGACAACAUUGAUGCAGCAUUGGGCCUGGGUGAGCUGGCAGGCCUUACAGUCAACAACGAGGCCGAGUCCAGCUACGAUAUUUCAGCCACAAAGGAGUCCUUCAGGAAAACGUGGAAUGCGAAGUACACUCUCAGGAGCCACUUUGACGGUGUGCGCGCGUUGGCGUUCCAUCCUGUCGAAUCGGUGCUCAUCACAGCUUCAGAGGACCACACGUUAAAACUUUGGAACCUGCAGAAGACAGUGCCUGCCAAAAAGACGGCAGCCCUAGACGUGGAACCAGUCUACACAUUCCGGGCGCAUUCGGGCCCUGUGCUGUGCCUGGCGAUGGGUGCGACAGGAGAGCAGUGCUUCAGUGGCGGCCUGGACCACACUAUCCGCUGUUGGAAUGUGCCCAGCUCGACCAUCGACCCCUACGAUUCCUUUGAGCCGGGUGUCUUGUCGGGGACCCUGUGGGGACACACGGACGCAGUGUGGGGACUGUCAAUGCAUGCGACCAAGCUGCAGCUCCUGUCGUGUUCGGGUGAUGGCACAGUACGGCUCUGGUCCCCACACAGCAAGGUGCCCCUGCUUCACACCUACACCGCCCCAGACCCAGCCGAUGGCAUCCCAACGUCGGUGGACUUCGUGCGGUCCGACACCAGCCAGAUGGCAGUGGCGUACACGACAUCACGCUCUGUCAUCAUGGAUCUGGAGACGGGCAAGCAGGUGGUGCGGCUCGAAAGUGACCAGAAUCCAGAUGCGAGUGCCCUCAGCAAACAGAUCAACUGUGUGGUGAGCCAUCCGACCCUGCCCAUGACGGUGACGGCACACGAGGAUCGCCACAUUCGCUUCUUUGACAACAACACUGGCAAGAUGGUGCACUCGAUGGUGGCCCACUUGGAUGCAGUGACGAGCCUGGCCAUCGACCCCAACGGCCUCUACCUUCUCUCUGGAAGCCACGACUGCUCGAUCCGGCUGUGGAACCUGGACAACAAGACGUGCGUGCAGGAGAUCACCUCGCAUCGCAAGAAGUUCGACGAGUCCAUCUUCGACGUAGCCUUCCACCCGUCGAAGCCAUACAUUGCCAGUGCCGGAGCGGAUGCCCUCGCCAAGGUCUUCGUUUGAGAAGGAAACCGGCAGCAGCAGCAGCCGAGGUGUGUCGUAUGAAGAGGUACGAGAAGGGAAGAACAAGGAGACCGAUCCUUCUCUCUCCGUGCACCAUCUCUCGCACACUCGCACACACAAUGCGCCUCUCCGCCCCUUGGUCCUCCCGCCACGUGUACCAUACCAACGUCACCACCGUUGUCGUCAGCAAGUGUUGGGCAAGGGAAGAGCAGGAGCUGGACACAUUCUCUGCCAUCGCCUUCAGGCACUCCUCACGUUGCGGGAGAGAGGGAGACUGUGCUGCCGUCUAUGUGUGCGUGCGCGUGUGUUUCAGCCGCCUAACCUAACUUAUUGAACCACCGACGCCGCUGCUCCGGGGGAGGUUUCGGGAAGGGGAAAGGAACAUUAAAACUCUCACCGCGUAUUGUAAAUUUCCUUUUUUCCCCUCGUGUUGUUUCCACCUGAUCUUCCUUUAAAACUUUGUUUCUGUUUUUUUUUUUUUUUUUACAUGUGUGUCGUUUGUCACUACGCGCCGUCAUUGAGUCCUGCCCCAUCCGUCACCUCCCUCCUGCGUGUGGCAUGCAUUGCCACAUCUCCGAGGAUGGUGGGAAUGAGAGAGAGGGGGAGGGGGAAUUGUGGACGCGCCACCGAGUCAACGACGGAGCAACCAGCAGUGGCUGAAGAAAGAAGAUAACGAAGGCUUUCGGCGGGGGGGUUUGCGUCUACCACCGCUGCCCCGUCUGGCCAAGCACUACAGACUUGAACCUCUUUCUUUCUUUUUUUUAUUCUCCGCCCAACCUCCUCCUCUCUUGCCGGUGGAUCGCAAAUCCUAGAGAAGUGUGCUCGUGCAGGAAGAUCGCAACGUCUGUCGUGCCGAGCUUUGUGGUGUGACCUUCCGGGAAGUGGCGGCAAUACCGCUGCCACUACUGUUACCACUGAAGGAUUGCUAGUGCCGCAGUAGCUUUGUUCCGCGUCUUGCUGGAGCGUUGAAACCAAGAAGGCCUCUCUGUCGGUCCCUGUGUGCGCUAAAAGUUAAUAAGCUGUGCACACGGGUUGCAACUGCGAAAAAUCUCUGAUCUUGCCCUUGUGUGCGUAUGUGCUGCCGUGCACUGCGCCUUUUUUUUUUCCUCCUUCCCUUUUUGAUGAGUGUGUGUUGCAUGUGUGGACUCUGUUGUGAGCUCAGUUUCUUUAAUUAUUUUUUCCCCCCUUACUGUCCUUCAGACCUGUGUGUGCCAUCAUCUGCAUGCGUGUGCGUGUUUAUCGAUCCUUUCAUCAGUUCCUUGCGCGGUUCCUCGACGAACUCAUGCACACCGUCUUCUAGCCUUCGGAACCACGUAAAAAAAAAAGGGAAGGAGGUUUGGUGGUUGGCCGCAGCUAGUUUUUAACAAAAAAUCGUCAGCGUCGCCCCCUUCCCUCGAGUGCGAAACGGUUGCGUCUGGAUGGAAACUUCCUUUUCCCCCGGCAGUGGCGCGAGAGACGGUUCCCCGACGUUAGUUUUGCAGGCAUUGUAGACUCGUGUAGGGCUCUUAGUGUUAGACGCGUGGCAAAAGAAGCGAGAGCUUUCGAGGGCACCAUCGCCGAAGACGAGCAUGGCAGUACGGACUUUAACUCGCAGAAAGAGAAAUAAGCAAGACAAAAGCACCCGUGCCGCUCUUAUCCUUUUUUUUUUUAAAUCUGCUCGCCACUGCAAACUGUACUAACCGAAGAGAUGUGAACAGCAUGGCCUUUGACGCACAGCACAUGUUUAGUGUCCCGUCUCAGCUGUGCAAGUGUAUUCUGUGUACAGAGAAAAAAAAAAAAAAUGUGGCUGGAUGGAAAGUUGCUUGCUGCAGCAGGUGUGGUGGCCACUGCGGUGUCUUUUUUUUUUUCUUUUGUCAGUGAGCCACCGUGUUGACAAGCUCUUUGCCGACGGGCGCUGUCAAUCCUGUCGGCAGGCCAGUAGCAGUCGUCUGUCAAUAACAUGACUUGCAUCUUUGACGGCUGGGAGAGGACUACAAAGUUGUACAUUUUUGGGUCAACAGGGGUCAGUGCAUUUCGCUCAGCUGCGAGAAAGUGAGGUGCGAUUUGCUGGAUGCGAAAAUGAAAUCUCUCCCGCUUCGAACCCACCCCCGCUUGCCCUACCUUCCUUAGCGGUUUUCACGUUGUUCCUACCACCUUUGCGUGUUUUGACUCUUAAUUCUGCACAGUCCUUUUCAGGAGUACUAAAUUGUGCAGGGAGAGUCGAGUCACAGUCCAGGUUUUGUUUUGUUUAGUUUUAAUAUGCCAGGCAGUGGUAUUUGAGCUCGGAAGGGGUGGCCAACCUGAAGAAUGUGGCAGUUUCUACGCACCGCCUUUUGUAGGCUCAGAAGGAGUCGUGAAACUUGGUUUCCGCCACCAUUACUACUUACCUGAACAGAAAAAUGGGCAGCUUGAAGAGCAGUCUCCCUUUGCUUGUUGUCAAAUUCUCUCGUUUGGUGAGGGACUGCCAGAAAAGGUUGUCUUGCCAUAACUUGGCUUUUUCUUUGCAAGCUAUUUAUUAAUGCGUGAUCCUUCUCUCCUUCCUAACUUUGAUUUUAUUUGUAACAGUUGGCACUCUUCCCCCCCCCCCCCCCCCCCCCCCACUCAUCGAUUCUGUGGUCCUGCGCUCCCCAGGCACAGUUUAAAUGAGGAAGGCAGGGCUACACUCCCAAAUCGCCCUAAUCCGGUGUACUGAAUGUUGCAUAAAUAAAGAAGGUUACCAAGAGCCUUUCUGGCCAAAUGGAUCUCUCGUUCACUCUCAAAUUCGGCGCAGAAAUAGCAUUUCGUGGUGAAUUUUGUCGGCAUAGUGUCAGGGCGCAGUACUUUCUCGUUUCAUUCUGAGUAGGUGAUCGGAUCUGCAUGUCAUCUGUGGUCAUGGAAGAGUCAUGGAAGACAGUAAAAGUAAUAGGUAAUAUUCAAAAUAUGGUGUCUGACAUGUUUCAGGCUCUGCAAUAGCUUCCAGUGCAUACAGUUAGCAAAAGUAUGGCCUUUGAUAUCGGCUUCCGAUACCUACAGAGACCCGUUGUCGGACUGUGGAUUUGGACACUACAUAUUGUGCCGAGAGGAAUAGUGGUGCCAUCUUGCAUUGUUGGCGCGAAACACUAUGUGCAACUCGUCUCACCGUAAUUGUCGCGUGCAGUACCUUCGAAAAUUCGUUUCUUCGAUUUGUGCUGAAUGAAACGGAAAAGUGCUACAUUAAAUUAUGGUAUUACGCUAAUGUGCUGCGAAAUGCUGUCCCUGUGAGAUACUGAGCACCAACUAAGGCAGUGGUUUAGCCAGAUGACUUGUUCAAUCCAGACUCCUUUAUGUAUGCGCCAACUUGGCACACUGCGGGCAAGUGUCUUGUGUGAAUGCCGUGCCGUGUCUCUUAAGGAGGACUGCUUAAAAGAUGUCGCGAAGAGAGGUCAGAAAGAGGAAUGCCUGCGAAGACUGUGGACGUGAGGGACACACUGACCUGUGUAAUUUUUUCCUGCAUUGUAACGUGUACAGAACUGUAUGUAGUCAUUUGCGAAUGUUUAUUAGUAGAAGAAAAAAAAUGCAAUUUAUCUAUUCUUGUUUUACGAUUUGCCUGCCUUUAACAUUUUUUUUUUUUUUCUUGAGAUGUACUUGUGUGCAUGCUCUUACUGGCGGGUGUCUGCCAAGUUUCAACUGAGUUGAGUAUGUGUGUACAUUUUUUUCCCCCCAAGGACGCUGCUACUCAGUAUGGCAUUCAACAUUUCAAUGUAUUGGCUGUUGUACAACAGUGUUUGGCUAAGAAGCAUGAAGCAGGUGGUUGUGAUGAGCCUGUGUAGGUAGAAUGAAAUGACAGGUUGUACCAUCACUGCAGCUUUGAAGUGCGGCUCGUUCAAGUUUCCAGAUAGCGAGCUGUCUUGAGCCAACACAAGGCGACUUGCAAGAAAAGACAGCUGCAGCUUGUUUUCAAGCUUUCAGUGCCCCAUUGGCUCAAUGUUUUUCACCAGACAACUAUAGUGCAGUGAAGGGCUUGUUGAACAGUUUCAUUACUAUGCAAUGGCAACAAGAAAAAAAAAUUGUAAGUCUACUGGUAGAGCAAGUGUGUGGCAGACUUGUUCACCUACUGUUCACAGCUCUCAAUUGUCCUAGGUGCUGGUCGAGGUGUUCAAUUUCAUAUUUAUGCUUCCGCCACGAACUGCAGUACUAGCUUAAUGUAACAAUUGUUUUCUUUUCUUCCCGACCUGCUUUAGUUUGACGGGGCAGACGUGGGUGUUGUAGAAUGCCGGCUCACUUACAUAUUCGAAGCGUUAAAACAUUUUUUGUCCAUUGUCCAAGGGGUUUCUGAGACUCCGAAUUGGGUGCAGCGUCCUUGGAUUAUCUAUGUUUGCCGGUAGCAGAUGGAGAGCUCCUCCAUUUGUGUGUGUCUAUGUUACCAAGUUUAUGUGCAGAGGAUUUAAAUAAAGCAAAUACAAAAACUAGGUUUUCAAAGUUGCAAUGGGAGAGGAAAAAGCCUGGCGAUGCGAGAAAAAUGCAGAAGCCGGAACGUCGCUUUUCGUGUCUUGUUUUAUUUCGUCUUUGCGCUGGUUCCGGCUUGGACGAGACGGGAAAGAAGCUUAUUUCGAUAAAAAUGGUAAAUAAAGUUUGUGAGUGA